UUACUUUGACCAACUAUUCCAUUGAAUAAGUCAAACUCUUUGUUCAGAGUUUGUGAUCAUGCCAAGUCUUCAUGACUCGCGCUUCUUCUCAAAGACCAAAACUGAGUCAUCUCUUCCACUCUCCAUAAAAUAAAACACACGCAACUGACCUCAAAAACACUGCAUAACCAAAUUCUUCUCCUUUCUGUAUAUCUAUAGCUACACAAUCUUCUUAACCUUCUUUUACCUUUUCUUGAGUCUUACAACAAUUGGAAAGAAAGAAAUAAAGUAAAAUGGCUAAGGAAGACAGAGUUUAUGAAAGAACUCUGGAAGAAACACCAACCUGGGCUGUUGCAGUUGUGUGCUUUGUGCUGCUUGCUAUUUCAAUCAUAAUUGAACAUAUUAUUCAUGCUAUUGGAAAGUGGUUCAAAAAGAAGCGCAAAAAUGCUCUUUUUGAAGCAUUGGAAAUGGUCAAAGGAGAGCUUAUGCUGAUGGGAUUCAUAUCCUUGCUACUAACUGUGCUCCAAGAUCCAAUUUCUAAGAUCUGUAUAUCAAAAAGUGUUGCAUCCACUUGGCAUCCUUGUGCCAAUCCAAAGACAAAGACUAAACAUGAUGCAGAUUCUGACAGUGAUGAUUCCAAUCAUAGGAAACUUCUCGAAUAUUUUGACCUCAUUCCGCGGCGUGUUCUAGCUACAAAAGGAUAUGACAAGUGCCAUGAUAAGGGAAAAGUUGCCCUUGUUUCUGCAUAUGGGAUCCACCAGCUCCACAUAUUUAUUUUUGUGUUAGCUAUUUUUCAUAUCCUACAAUGCAUUAUAACACUUGGUUUGGGAAGGAUUAAGAUGAGACGCUGGACGAGAUGGGAAGAUGAAACAAAGACUUUUGAAUAUCAAUUCUAUAAUGAUCCUGAGAGGUUCAGAUUUGCAAGGGACACAACAUUUGGACGAAGGCACUUGAGCACGUGGGCUCGCUCACCAGUUUCCUUAUGGAUAGUUAGCUUCCUCAGACAAUUCUAUGGAUCUGUUACUAAAGUUGAUUACAUGGCAUUACGGCAUGGAUUUGUCAUGGCACAUCUAGCACCAGGAAACGAUGCAAAUUUCAAUUUCCAGAAGUAUAUCAAUAGAUCACUAGAGGAGGAUUUUAAAGUUGUGGUGGGAAUAAGCCCUAUUAUAUGGUUCUGUGCGGUGCUAUUUCUGCUGACUAAUGCUCAUGGGUGGUAUUCUUAUUAUUGGCUUCCAUUUAUCCCCUUAAUUAUAAUCUUGCUAGUGGGUACUAAGCUACAAAUGAUCAUAACAAUGAUGGGUUUGAGGAUUCAAGACAGAGGUGAAGUAAUCAAGGGUGCACCUAUGGUUGAGCCAGGUGAUCAUCUGUUCUGGUUCAAUCGUCCCAGCCUCCUUCUCUUUUUGAUUCAUCUUGUUCUCUUUCAGAAUGCCUUUCAACUAGCUUUCUUUUCUUGGAGUACAUAUGAGUUCUCUCUAAGGUCAUGCUUCCACGAAAAAAAUGUGGAUAUUAUCAUUAGACUUACAUUGGGGGUUGUAAUACAAUUCCUAUGCAGCUAUGUCACUUUGCCUCUUUAUGCUCUAGUUACACAGAUGGGUUCAACCUUGAAACCAACAAUUUUCAAUGAAAGAGUAGCAGAUGCACUGAAGAAAUGGCACCACACAGCCAAAAGGCAAGUCAAACACAGCAAGCAUUCUGAGGCUAACAGCAUCACACCAUUCUCGAGCAGGCCAGCGACGCCAACGCACGGCAUGUCUCCGGUUCACCUGCUGCACAGACACCUUGCCGGCCGCAGCGACAGUGUGGAAACUUCUCCGAGGACAUCGAACUACGAGUAUGAGCAGUGGGAUGUUGAAGGCUCAAAUUCUCCAAGUAACCACCCAACAGGAGUUGAUGAGAUACAGUUGGAAGUUUUGGAGCAACGUUCAGAAGCAACAGAAUUGCCUAUUACCAGCACUAGACAUGAAAUCAGCAUUGCUGUAUCCGAUUUUUCUUUCCAGAAGCGACACACCGGUAGUGAUUAGGUUUGUAGAUAUUGCCAACCAGUUCAAGUGUACAGCUUCUCUUUGAAUUCGGGUUAGGCCUAACUCUACGUCAAAAGCUAGCUCAGUCUCCGGGGCUUAGGGGUGAGAUUGUUCUACCCUUUUUAGGACUUAUUUGGCCAUAUCUCUAGUUGAGGAAUCUUAGCAGCUGCAGUAUAUAUAUCAAAUUCAUGCUUGUACAUGAAUCCAAAGCCAUACAUUUGUAAGGAAUGAGGAGUAGUUUUGUUGAGGCAACACCAUUGUAACAUAUAUAUUCUAUCAUAUAAUAUGUUGAUAAAUACAAAUAUGUUUGCUUGUGUAAAACAGCAAAAUAUAUUUGUAAAUGAUUAAUGCUUAAUCACCUUCAAUGAAAUGUUUUACAUGAUGCAAUUGGAAAA